AAAAAAAAAAAAAAAAAAAGGGAAAAAAAGGGAAAAAAAAAAUGGGUUGGGAAAAUAGCAAGCCCACAAUAGUGAUGGUGGCAUGUCAAUUCAUGUACGCCGGAGUUAAUCUAAGUUCACGAGCUGUGCUUUUGGAAGGGAUGAGUUCAAGGGUCUUUGUUGUCUAUAGGCAAUGCUUUGCUUUCUUGCUUAUAGUUCCUGUUGCUUAUUUCUCAAGUGUGACGUUAAAUCAGAACUUAUAUUUCGAGGGUUUGUACCUCGCCUCAUCAUCAGCUGCCAGCGCAUUGGGCAAUUUGGUCCCAGCCAUCACUUUUGUCAUGGCUUACUUAUUGGGGUUGGAGAAAGUGAAUGUGAGAAGAUGGGGAAGCAUAGCUAAAAUAAGUGGAACAACAGUUUGUGUGAGUGGUGCAGUUGCAAUGGCAGUCUUUAAAGGUCCAAAGUUGCUUAACAUGGAAAUUAUGCCAACAAAUUCAAUUACAUAUCACUUUUCUGGACUUGGAUCAUCAAAUUCAAGUGGACAUGACACGUGGCUGCUAGGCUGUCUAUUUCUCUUUGGGAAUUGCUGUUGCUGGUCACUCUGGCUUAUUUUACAGGUGAAUGUUAGUGCUUUGUAUCCCGACCAUCUCUCGUUAACGGCGUGGCUGUGCUUCUUAUCGGCUGCACAGUCUGGAAUCGUAACAGUGAUAGUUGAACCGAGGGCGAUUUCAUGGUUAUCGACUACCCGCUUUCAACUAAUUUGCUGCUUCUGUGCAGGCUUAACUGCAGCAAUCACUUUCUUUGCUCAAACGUGGUGCAUCGCCAAAAGAGGACCCGUCUUCUCAGCUAUGUUCAAUCCUCUUUGUACCAUUAUUGUUGCUAUACUCGCCUGCAUCUUCCUGAAUGAGGAGUUGUACACUGGAAGGUACAACCUAUCUACAUUU